AUUCCAAUCCGGAAGCUAAUAAGAAUCUCAAACCCCAUUUUAAGGGAUUUAAAUGGUAAAACUGCGCACCUGGUAUUUUCUAUCAAAAAAUCUGGCUACACUAAUUAAGAGACAGCUGAUAGUAGUAUGCGAACAUUAAAUAAAGUGAUAAACGAAGUGUUUUUUGUUUUAAGGUAUUUGUUGACAAAAUGGGCAAGUAAAUUGUUUCAUUAUAUUUAAUACUUAUAUUUUCAAGAAGCAUUUGAACUUUUAAUAAAGAGGAAGCAGGAAAAGGUGAAAUAAAAAAGACAUAAGUUUCCGGUGGAAAAAAUUUGCUUAUCAUGUCAACGGAAGCAGAAUUUCUUGGCGCUUAUGAGCGCAUUAAAGCUUCGAACAAACGUAUUUUUGCCUGCAUUGAUGAAGCCAUUAAGCAUGAAGAACAAGAGCGGCCUUUCGAGGCUAUUACGGCUUACGAGUCAUGUUUGCAACAAAUUGACGAAACAUUUGCGAUAUCUGUGGGACUGCCGGACAAUGUUGAGGCUGUAGCGCUUGAGUGGAGCGACGCUUGUGCAAUUGUACAAAAGCUAAAGGGAGCCAAAAUGGAAGUGUGCUACCGUCUAAAAGUGUUACGUAGCCAGCAUGCAAGUGUUGACAACACUGCCGCGGAAGCAAAAGAAGAGGAUGCAGAUUCUCUACCUGGUGACGCUGCAGCACUAAAUGGAGAAGCAAUUGAUGGACCCACACCAAAGAAAAAAUCUCUUUUACUAGAAAACCCUGUAGUUUAUAAAGGUGAUAGCGCUGCAAAUAGUGCGACUAGUGCAGCAGCUCAUUACCGCAAAGUUUUAGCCGAUUUACGCCGUGUUAUCGCUGAUCCUUCUGAUGUGGGCAUACUAUUUGACACACUUUUUACGUCGCAGACGAAAUUGUACAAAAUUCAACCUGAAGGCGUUGUUGUGACUAUGGGCGAAACCUACAUGUCUCUAGUUAUGUGCACCACACCCUGUGACGACCAAUGGAAGCAUUUAAAUGGUGUCUCAUUUAUACAGUGCACAAUUCCAACAGAUAAGGCACCUCACAACAAAACUGAUCCUGACCAUAUUGAGAUACCCACAAAGGAAUCGCCCCAAAUGAUUUGGCUGUAUGCCCUACUACCAACGAUAACCAAUUGUUAUAGAACUAAUUACGGCGCAUUUAUUUUGCCUGAUUUAGAAGUCGAUGAGCCAGGACAUGCAUUUGGACUAAUGCUUAUCGACAGCGAAAGCACUGUUGAUGGCGCUGAGCAAGCUGCUGCACAGCCAGAAGAACAAGAAGAACUAAGCGAUUUGCAGCAAUUCUUUUUGGAUCUGCUCGAGGCGGUACUCUCUGGUCAUGUCGAACUUUUACAACAGCCAACAGUGGGACCACGCGUGCCGCGCGAUACUAGCGAACAGGUCUCGCGCCAUAUCGUCACGGCAGCCGAUUUCAUAGCGCGCAAUCUGGUGCGUGGCGCAGAGAAGACGGGUGAGUUAAUGGUGAAAACCACACCGUACAUCAUUUCAAAAAUGAGGCCAGCGCCACCGGAUGCGCCGCCAGUCUCGUCGACCGUGCAAACCUCAGUGGCAGUGGCGCGCGAUGUGACGCAUGCGGCAGCGGGCGUCACUGGUUGGAUAGCCGGCAAAGUGGGCUCCGCCUCGAUGGCUAUCGGCCGCUACCUAGCGCCACAUGUGCAAAACGCUGGCUCUGCAUUGUUGCAGAAAGGUUUUGGCUAUGAAACCAGCGAAGCAAACAGUAAAAUGGAGGGCGCUAUGACAAUAGCUGCCGGUGCGGUGGAGGGCCUCAGCACCGUUUACAAUGGUCUCGAGACGUCAGCAAAGAUACUGGGUACAAAUUUGAGCGAAAAUUCAGUGAAAAUAAUUGAGCAUAAAUAUGGCUCCUCAGCUGGCGGUGUUGCAGCCGGUACCUUCGAUACACUCGGUAACGCUUUCAAUGUCAGUCAGAAUGUGAACUACAUUACGCCUAAGGGUUUGGCGAAAAAGAUGGCCAAGAAUACGGGCAAAGCAGUGAUCGAUGAUUAUAAAACCAAAUUACGGCAUUCGGACACACAUUUUGUACCAGCGGGCACGCUCUAUCCAGAUUUGCGUACGUUGAAGGAGAAAUAGACAGUCUGAAUAAAACAUUUCAUUAACUCAGCAAUAUAUAGGAUAUUUUAGCUUUUUUUCAACAUGUCUUUCAUAUUUAAAUAUUCGAAUAUUGUUAAUGAAUCUCAUAAACAUAAGCCUAAACAAAGGGAUUUUAAUGCUUUCCAUUCGCAAGCUUGUACUUGCAUAUUGUUAUUGUAACUGCAUAAGGUGUGAUUUUCGAGUGAGGUAUGAGGAGGUAGCGCAAACAUUCGCUUUACAUUGCUUAAUGCAGAUUGUUUACCAAUGUAAGAUACUCAAGGAUGCUUUUAUUAACUUCAUCUGUAAAGACCGAAUUAUGCUAUAUUGUUUUUAUUAUAAUUGGUUUAUGGAAAAUAUUAAUUACCAAUAAAAGUAUUUAUGUAAUAUUAAA